AUGCUACGCAGAUUAUCCCCAAGGGCCUCCCAGCGCUUAAUCUCAGCUUCUCUCAAACCAAGAAGCUGCGCACCCCUCCUCGCCAUCCGCACCAUAUCCUCCACGUCCGUCGCAAGAAUGUCCUCCCUCAGCACCCACGCGACCCAACCCGCCGACGCUUUCCAGCUACUCCCAGAGUCGCAAAAGCCUGGUGAGGCAGAAGAUAAGCUGUAUGAAGCUACCGUCAAGGAAAUAGAGGCGUGGUGGGCUUCGCCUAGAUACAAGGGCAUCAAGAGGCCGUAUAGUGCUGAGGAUGUUGCGACAAAGCGUGGAACCCAAAAAGUUCAGUAUCCUAGCUCUGUUAUGGCGCAGAAGCUGUUCAAUUUGAUCAGAGAGCGUGAAGCUAAGGGUGAACCUAUCCAUACGAUGGGCGCAAUUGAUCCCGUUCAGAUGACGCAGCAAGCUCCUCACCAGGAAGUCCUGUACAUCUCAGGAUGGGCUUGCUCGUCCCUUCUUACCUCCACCAACGAGGUCUCCCCCGACUUCGGCGAUUACCCAUACAACACCGUUCCCAACCAAGUUCAGCGUCUGGCAAAGGCGCAGAACAUGCACGAUCGAAAGCAGUGGGAUCUUCGUCGCAAGAUGACCGCUGAUGACCGAACAAAGACUCCAUACGUUGACUAUCUUCGACCCAUUAUUGCUGAUGGUGAUACUGGUCAUGGUGGUCUGUCUGCCGUUCUUAAGCUCGCUAAGCUGUUCGCCGAGAACGGUGCUGCGGCUGUUCACUUUGAGGAUCAGCUCCAUGGUGGAAAGAAGUGCGGCCAUCUCGCUGGCAAGGUCCUCGUUCCUAUCGGCGAGCACAUCAACCGUCUCGUCGCCACGCGCUUCCAGUGGGAUGUCAUGGGCUGUGAGAACCUCGUUAUUGCCCGAACAGACUCCGAGUCAGGCAAGCUUCUCUCAUCAGCUAUUGACGUACGCGAUCACGAGUUCAUCCUCGGUGUCGCAGACUCCUCCAUCGAGCCCCUCGCCGAAACCAUCCAGGCCAUGGAAGCCAAGGGUGCCGUGGGCGCUGAAAUCGACGCUUUCGAGGCUCAAUGGGUCAAGAACACCAAACUCGUUACCUUUGACGAAGCUGCCGUUGCGCACAUGAAGAAGGAGGGUGUUGACCAAGCCAAGAUCGACGAGUACCUCGCCGAGACAGAAAAUGACCAUGACAUGGGCAUUUCGCGCCGUCGCGGUCUCGCGAGCAAGUAUACCAAGGAACCCGUCUACUUCAACUGGGACGUUCCCCGCACCCGCGAAGGCUUCUACCACUACCGCGCAGGUAUGCAAGCGGCUACCAAGCGCGCCCUCGCAUUCGGUCCCUACGCGGAUCUCCUCUGGGUCGAGACAGGCGACCCCAACGUCGAAGUAGCUUCCAAGCUGGGCCGCGCCGUGAGGGAAGUUUACCCCAGAAAGGGUCUCGUGUACAACCUCUCCCCCUCAUUUAACUGGAUGGCGCACGGUUUCACAGACGAGACGCUCAAGUCAUUCAUCUGGGACAUUGCGCGCGAGGGUUUUGUUCUGCAGCUUAUUUCGCUGGCGGGUCUGCAUUCUAAUGCUACGAUCACUACUGAGCUGUCGCGCGAGUUCAAGAAGGAUGGUAUGAAGGCUUAUGUUGAUAUUGUGCAGCGCAGGGAGAAGGAUUUGAAGUGUGAUGUUUUGACGCAUCAGAAGUGGAGUGGCGCGAGUUACAUUGAUGGUAUCUUGGGUGCUAUCCAGAGUGGAAGCUCGAGCAGUAAGAGUAUGGGUGAGGGUAACACAGAGGGACAGUUUCACUAG